AAGUGUUCGAGUUUUGUCCCAACUUAGUUCACUUUUCAGAAAAGCAAAGCAUUUCAGUAGUUCCUCAGAUGGAAGGAAGUCAGAUAUUCUGGCUAAUGAAGUCAGUAGAAAGUAACACUUCUCCGGGAGGGCUGAGGGUUAGAAGAGAAAGCGAAGCGGCCGGUGCUCCCGGAGUCCUAGGCCAACCGUCUCUCUGAGGAACACAGAAGCAGCGACUCCAUCGCACUUUUCAGAUGGUUUUUGCAGUUGUUUGAUACCUGUGCUGGGCCACUGGAGCAGCCACCCCCUAUCCUUCACAUGACUUCAGUUUUGCUUUGCGAAACUUUGGUCGGCUCCUGUCGUCCCUCUGUCCCAUGCUUUUUACUCGUUUUAAAGCAAAGGCCGUAUGAAGGCAGCUACAUCAAUUAAUUCCACCUAAAACGGAGGGAUAUUGGUAGGGGUAACUAUGCACUGACCUUCCUGCCGUCGCAUGUAUUCCUCCCUGGAUGAAACAAAACCAUCUGCGCAGCGGAGAUUUUGAAGAUGUCAGAGAGACAUUCAAAUCAAGCUUGCACUGGCGCAGAAAAUGAGGUGGACUCUCCUACUGUCAAUUUCAAAUACUCCAGCUUCAGAGAUUUUUGUUCCACAUCUUCAUUUCAAGAUAGUGGCUAUAAUGAGUUGUUACAACCCUGCAACUUUGAUAAUACAGAUAAAGAAUUUUUUGGAAAGAAAGAAAAAGGCUUAACAUUAACCCAUGAACAUCCUGAAACUCCAAAUCUGGGUUUAACUCAUCCUUUAGAAUCACCAACUCAAAAAAAGAGACUUGUCUUUUCUAGGAAGGAACAUGAUAAAACCCCAGAACUCUGUGAAACCCCUAAAGUCAGUGGAAAAAUUUUGCUGCGCAGAAGGUUGGACAUAUCUUUCUCUCUUCUAAAUGGGGACUUUGAUUCACAAAACAGUUCUCUAGAAAGUAGUAUAAACCAAGUUCUCAACUUAGAAAAAAAUAUUCCAAGUAGUGCUUCAAGUUUUCCAAGGCAAACGAGUUUUAGUCCUUUAGUUACUAGUACAUUGAAAACAGAAGAAGCCACUUCCAGCAGUCAAAUCUUGAGACUAAAUUUUUCUCAACAGAAAACUUCCACAGUUGAUGAUUCUAAAGAUGAUUGUAGCCUGUUUGAAGUCGAAUGUUUAUCUCCGAUUCAGGGCAAUAGUUUUACUGGAGACUCUAUCACAUGUGACCUUAGUGGUAGCAGUCUAUUUAUUAACAAUGAGAAUACAUAUCCCAAACUUCUGGGCUCCUCUGCUAGAGGCACACGUUGUGGAACAGAUGAGAACAUAUGUGUGACUCCAGUAAGUAAUCUUGUAGCAAACAUUAAAUUUAAUGCAAGUCAAAGGCUCUCUCCUUCAACUGAAGUAAGGGGCAAUAUUUCAACACCUGAAGACAGUGGUUUUAACUCACUUUGUUUGGAUAAAUCAGAAGAUUCCCUCUCUGACCAGGAAAGUUCUUUUCGAGAACUUCAGAAACAUAGGGGAACUGUCAAAGUGGGGGACACCCUAAAAAAGUCGGGGCAUCUUCGAAGGCUGAGAAGACUGUCCACCCUUCAAGAACAAAGCUCACAAUCGGAGACAGAAAAGGACUCAGACUCUGAAGCAACACCAGAAGCUGCUUCAGAUACCUUGGAGGAUCAGCUGAGCAGUGACAAUAAGAUCUUAAGCUUUAAGAAUUUAUCAAAGACCCCAGCCUUGCAGCUAGUGCAUGAGCUCUUCAUGAGAAGCAAAAGAAAAAGAUUCCAGCAAAAUGUUGCACAUGAAUUCUUAGAAGACACGGAUGGGGGCCAGAUAGCUGUACUACAGUGUGUACUUGCAGGACUGAUUGGCAAGAAAAUGGGUAUAGAAAAGGUGGACAUCUUAACAGAAUUAAAAUACAGAAAUUUAAAGCAUAUUCUUGCUAUGGUUUUAGAUUCAUUGACUGCAGAAAGCCUAUGCAGUGUUUGGAAAGUGAGCAGAAAUUGGCGUGAAAUUAUUGUUCAAGAUAAAAAAGCAAAUCGGAGGAGGAAAUUUUAUAUCUCACAACUGAAAACAGAUUCUGAGGGGGCUAUAUUAAAUGUUGAGGAUGCUGCCACUCGGCUCCAUCUUAUAAAUCGAUCAGCUUUAAAAUCUGUACAAGCUCAGGCUAGGAUACCAGGUUUUCAGAAAGGAGAAGUUUCAACAUUUUCUCCUUGGGGAGAAGUUUUGACACCUAUAGCAAGCUCUUCUGUUACUCACUUAACUAGUAAACAGGAAGAAUAUGUUAAGGUUGCCAAAACACUAUUUAUUGAUGAAGCAUUAAAACCUUGCCCCAGGUGCCAAUGCCCUGCUAAGUACCAGCCAUUUAAGAAAAGGGGACUGUGUAGCCGCACAGCCUGUGGUUUUGACUUUUGUGUGUUAUGUUUAUGUGCUUAUCAUGGGUCUGAAGAAUGUAAUAGAGGAGCAGCAAAGCCAAGAAAUAGAAAAGAUGCUCUUCCAGGAAGUGCCCAGAGUAAGCAGAAUUUAAGACGCCUUUAAAGAGACUUUCAAUAUAAAAGAAGCAUUCCCCCUAAACAAUAUUUUGUCUGACUUAAAAUUAUGAUUAUUUUGAAAGCAUGGAAAAUUUCCCAUUAAUGACAGAUGAUGAUUUAUUUCCUAUUUUGUAUAUAUCAUAAUCUAUGUCUGUAUUCUUUAGUGAUGAGUUUGAAAAAAUUUUAUUUUACUGUGUCACAUUUUCCCAUUUUAAUAAGUGUUUUUAAAUAAAGAAUUUUUAAUGUUACCAUAUAUAUGUAUUUAAGUGUUUCAUGUAACCUUUGAAAAUUGUGCAUUUCAUCACUCUGUGUUGAAAUGUCCUUCAAACACUUUUUAAAAAUAGUUUUCCAAAUAAUAUUACAAAUUUUGAACUUGAGACAGAUGGCCUUAUAGCCUUAGAAGAUGAAUAUUUGACUGAAAUGA